AUGAGAGGCCUGCCGACGAUCGUUGUCGGUGACCUGAACUGCGGCGAGGAGUCCCCCGCGGUGGCGUGCCUGACCACAGAGCUCACAGAGUGCAGCAGUUGCUGCAGCAGCAUCGAGGGGCUGCUGGGCAAGGUUGGCACAUUUGUGGGCUUUGACUGCUCAAUCGACAGCCAGAUCGACUUCAUUUUCGCCAACAAGGGCUUCAAGCCUGCCGCAUACGGCGUCGCCCCGGACACCCGCGAGAACGGCCACUGCUGCUCGGACCACCGCCCUGUCAUCGCCGACGUCGAGUUUGACCCCGAUUAUGUCAUCCCCGAGGCGCCUUCCUCUGAUUCAGCCGCCGCAGAAUCAGCGGGCGGCGACGCCGCUGACCCGUCGGCCGCCGUCGCUGCGGAGGCCGGGAGGCUGGUUAACUCAGCGGCCGAGCACGCGGCCAACGCACUCAACUCGCUGUUCAAGGGGCUGUGA